CCUCCCCCCCCGCGCGACGCCACGCCACGCCGCGCCCAAAUCUCCCAAAACCCUAGCCGCGGCGGAGGGAGGGGAGGAGAGGGCGAGAGCCAUGGCGGCUGCGGCGACUGCGGCGAACCUGGCCGGCAAGCAGGGCGUGCGGGUCGUCGUCAUCGGCGACCCGGGCACCGGCAAGUCCAGCCUCGUCGUCUCCGUCGCCACCGAGGCGUUCCCGGAGAACGUCCCCCGGGUCAUGCCGCCCACCCGCCUCCCCGCCGACUACUUCCCCGACCGCGUCCCCAUCACCAUCGUCGACACCUCCUCCAGCCCGGAGCAAAGGGCGAAGCUGAUCGCCGAGUGCCAGGCGGCGGACGCGGUGGUGCUCACGUACGCCUGCGACAGGCCCGCCACGUUGGAGCGGCUCAGCACAUUCUGGCUCCCCGAGCUCCGGCGCCUGCAGUUAAAGGCACCUGUGAUUGUCGUUGGGUGUAAGCUGGACCUUAGGGACGAGCAGCAGGUCAGCCUUGAGCAGGUGAUGGCGCCCAUUAUGCAGACAUUCCGAGAGAUUGAGACCUGCAUUGAGUGCUCUGCGCUUCGCCAGAUCCAGGUGCCUGAGGUCUUCUACUAUGCCCAGAAGGCAGUGCUUCACCCAACAGCUCCUCUAUUUGAUCAAGAGGCACAAUCUCUAAAGCCACGGUGUGUGAGGGCUUUGAAGCGGAUAUUUAUUCUAUGUGAUCAUGACAGGGAUGGAGCACUCAGUGAUGUGGAGCUCAAUGAUUUCCAGGUCAAAUGCUUCAACGCUCCUCUCCAACCUACUGAAAUUGCAGGUGUGAAGAGAGUUGUUCAAGAGAAGAUGCCUGAAGGCGUGAAUGACAAUGGCCUUACCUUGACCGGAUUCCUUUUCCUUCAUGCUCUUUUUAUCGAGAAAGGACGACUAGAAACUACAUGGACUGUACUAAGGAAGUUUGGUUAUGAUAAUGAAAUCAAGCUUAGAGAUGACCUUAUGCCAACAAUUAAACGAGCUCCUGACCAAACCCUGGAGUUAACAAGUCAAGCUACUGAUUUCUUAAGAGGAAUUUUCAAUAUGUUUGACACAGAUAAUGAUGAAGCUUUGCUACCUGCUGAGCUGGAUGAUCUUUUCUCCACUGCACCUGAAAACCCAUGGUCUUCUAAUCCGUAUGUGGACUGUGCUGAAAGGAAUGUCUUGGGUGGGUUGUCACUUGAAGGAUUUCUCUCCAAGUGGGCUCUUAUGACACUUCUAGAUCCAGCAAAUAGUUUUGCCAAUCUUGUAUAUGUUGGCUAUUCGGGUGAUUUUGGCUCAGCAUUUACCACCAUGAGGAAAAGACGUGUUGAUCGGAAAAAGCAGCAGACUCAACGGAAUGUUUUCCAGUGCUAUGUUUUUGGUCCCAGAGGUGCUGGAAAGACUGCGUUGCUACAAUCAUUCCUUGGAAGGCAACCUUCUGAUGCUCUGCCUAUGAAUGGCGAACGGUUUGCGGCAAAUACUGUUGAACUUUCUGGGUUCAGAAAGACACUUGUAUUUCGAGAGAUUCCUGAAGAUGAUGUCAGAUCAUUACUGACUGAUAGAGAAUCCUUGGCUUCCUGUGAUGUAGCAGUAUUUAUUUAUGAUAGCUCGGAUGAACUUUCUUGGCAAAGAGCAAGGAAUUUGCUUGUGGAAGUUGCUACACAUGGAGAGAACACUGGCUAUGAAGUUCCUUGUCUGAUUGUGGCUGCUAAGGAUGAUCUUGACCAAUCUCCAUUGGCUCUACAGGAAUCAACGAGAGUGAGCCAAGACAUGGGAAUCGAAACACCAAUUCCUAUUAGCGUGAGGUUGAGAGAUUUGAACAAUAUUUUCUGCAGAAUAGUCCAUGCUGCGCAGCAGCCACAUUUGAGCAUUCCAGAGACUGAAGUUGGGAAAACACGCAGGCAAUACCGUCAACUUCUGAACCGGUCCCUUAUGGUUGUCUCAGUUGGAGCUGCCGUUACAGUUGUGGGAAUAGCUGCUUACCGAGUCUAUGCAGCUAGGAAGAACACAUCGUCUUGAAGCUCCCUGGACAGUGCUGAAAUAAAAGUGCUUUUCUCCUUCCACUGCCCAUCAACGGGAUCGUUUCAGAUCAGUUUUACUUUUUGAGCUUCAUAACGUGAAACUUUUGUCCUGAGCUCGUUUAUGUAGUUAUGUACAGAUGUGUUCUCAGCAAU